GUGCCGGCCAGGUGUAAAGAUACCAACCACCAUGCCUAUUGGAAACAUCUACGUGAUUGCGGCCACCGCUGUCGUCGGUGGUGGUCUGUUCGGUUUCGAUAUCGCCUCCGUGUCGGCCCAGUUGACCGAACCAGCUUACUUGUGUUAUUUCAACCAGGGUCCUGACGGCCCUCCAUUCAAUGACAAGAAGAUCUGCAGUGGUCCGACUUCUCUCCAUCAGGGAGGUAUUACCGCAGCCAUGCCUGCUGGCUCGUGGCUCGGUGCUCUUGUUUCUGGUCCUGUUUCUGACCGUAUUGGCCGUAAAUGGUCUAUCAUUAUCGGUUGUAUUGUUUGGAUGAUUGGAUCGACCCUGACCUGUGCUGCCCAAAACAUUGGUAUGCUUGUGGUCGGUCGUAUCAUCAACGGUUUGGCUGUCGGGUUUGAGUCUGCUCAAGUCCCCGUCUACAUCUCCGAGAUCUCACCCCCGACUCAGCGUGGCCGUUUCGUCGGUCUCCAGCAGUGGGCCAUUACCUGGGGUAUCAUGAUCAUGUACUACAUCUCCUUUGGCUGCUCGUACAUCGGAGGCCAGGACCCCGACAACUACAGCACCGCCUCAUGGCGUAUCCCCUGGGGUCUGCAGAUGCUCCCCGCCGUUUUCCUCGGUUUCGCCAUGACCUUCUUGCCCGAAUCUCCUCGUUGGUUGGCCCGCCAGGAUCGCUGGGAAGAGUGCCAUGGAGUGCUUACUCUCGUCCACGGCAAGGGUGACCCCAAUCAUCCUUUCGUCCAGGUUGAAUUGCAAGACAUCAAGGAAAUGUGCGAGUUUGAGCGCCGCCACGCUAAUGUCACCUACCUUGACCUCUUCAAACCCCACAUGCUCAACCGGACGCUGGUAGCUUACUGGUAUGAACUGUAUGAUGUACUACAUGGCUAUAUCUUUACUAUGGCGGGUUACAACGGCAACGCUGCCCUGUUGGCGUCUUCCAUCCAGUACAUCAUCAACGUUAUCAUGACUCUGCCGGCCUUGGUCUUUAUUGAUCGCGUGGGUCGUCGCAACCUGAUGCUGCUUGGUUCGACUCUCAUGAUGACUUUCAUGUUUGCCAACGCUGGUAUCAUGGGUGCCCACGGUGUCAUCAUUCCUGGUGGUAUUAACGGUGUUAAGGCCGAGUCCAUGAGGGUCUCCGGCGCAGCAGCCAAGGGCCUGAUUGCCUGCACUUAUCUCUUCGUGGCUUCCUAUGCUCCUACUUGGGGUCCCGCUUCAUGGAUCUAUCCACCCGAACUAUUCCCCCUUCGUCUCCGUGGUAAAGGUGUCGCCUUGUCCACAUCGGGUAACUGGGCCUUUAACACUGCAUUGGGUCUCUUUACGCCCGUUGCAUUCGCCAACAUCCGCUACAGGACUUAUAUCAUUUUUGGAGUUUUCAACCUCGCCAUGACCAUCCACGUCUUCUUUGGUUUCCCUGAAACUGCCGGUAAGACUCUUGAAGAGACUGAGGCCAUGUUCGAGGAUCCCAACGGCAUUCCGUAUAUUGGAACCGCGCCAUGGAAGACUGGCGUUUCCUUCAAGCGCAUGGCCGCUAUUGAGAGCGGCGCCCUGGACGUCAAGAGCACUUUGGCAGGUACUAACCUCCACGUUGAGGAGGCUCAUACCGCGCCGGUGACUGAGGAGAAGGCUGUUGAGUCUACUGCUGCUGCUGUUUAA